AUGAGUGCGUCUGCGCGCGGGCUGGCCAUACGCCAUGCCGUGGAUGGCUGCUGCAAGAACCUGCCGGCGACACCAGGACGUGCUCCCGGCGCGACACGACUCCUACAGCAGUGGGACCGAGCAACACGGCACCAACAAUCCGCCACCGCUGGGAGAACCGUUCAAGAUAGUAGUGACGACGGUGUCCAAGAUUACUUUGACCCACGCCUGCUAGGCCAGCAGUUGUGCACCCCGGGAUUGAUCAACACAGCUCUCCAGGUAGCAGUGUCACAUCAGAAGAGUGCUGUAAACAGUCAAUUAUCGGCGACCGAGGCAGACAGGAGAGUGCGACAACGGCGACGACGACAACGCGGGAAAAUUACACCAACGGUUCCUCCGCACUCAUUGUCGCCUGAAGAGUGGAAGGACGAGGAGGAGGAGGAGGAGGAGGAGGAGGAGGAGGAGGAGGAAGAGGAGGAAGAGAAGGGGGAAGAGAAGGCGGAGGACACGGAGGAGAGGGAGGAGGAGGAGAAGGAGGAUGAAGAUGAGGUGGAGACGGAGGUGGAGGAGGAGGAGAAGGAGUUGGAGGAGAAGGACGAAGAGGAGGAGGACGAAGAGGAGAAGGAGGCGGAGACGAAUCGGGCGGAAGCACUAGGCCUGCUGGUGGCCCUCGUCCGCGCAGGAGGUAAAAGAGUCAAGGACUACCUUUCAUGCCCUUCUUCUUCCCCCUCAUCCUUACUAGGGCUGUCCCAAAAUUCUUCACCUAUAUCCAGAGUUGGUGACCCUCUCGGGCUCAUUGUUAUGGCGCUGCGCCGACCAGAGUGCGGAACCGAUACACGAGAGGCCGGUAGGCGUCUGCUGGUGGAACUAGGCCUGGGCGGCCAUGAUCCCACCGGGAAUGAGAAGGUGUGGAGCGCUGUCCUCUGCUUGCUCGAUGGGCGAGACAUACAAGAUCCCGCCGGUUCGCAGACCCUCGGUUUCCGGGUUGCCCAAGAGCUAUUGGUGCGGAGAGCGUCGGAACAACGAGGUCGGAAUGGAGCCCUUCGAUAUCGCGGUGACAAUGUCGGGAGUGUUGUACUUGAUGGCGCGCUACCGAGCCCGCAGAAGUACCGACAACGGCUGAUGCGCCCGGAGCUGACGCUGAUACCUUCGGUAUUGAAGCUCUCCCUGAGCCCGAUCUACGAAGUCAGAGAGGACGCCGCAGGGCUAGCCGUGCUGUUGGCCACGGAAUGCCCCCGCCCGUGCUGCUACCUCGUGGUCGCGGGCUUGGCCGGGCUUUUCGGCUUGGUUUCUGAGGUGGAGAGAGGCGCGCCCAUCGCCUGGAUUCAACUCCAACGCGAGCGCGUGACUGGCAGGCGGUCACGCGAACAGACAGAGGAGGACGAAGAGAGUGCUAGCAGCAGCCGAGGGUCAGACGACACGGCGGACGGUUGUGAUUCACGGGAUGGAUCCCCGGCACCAUCAACAGAAGAAUCUGACAGGGGCGGCGCCGGAGUCGGUGGUGGCGAAGCGAUAUUGGCGCUCAAGCUGCUCCGGCGGGUUUGUACGAGCGGACGGGGUGGGACCGGCGCGGAGGAGUUGUGCUCAGCUCUAGCGUACGCCCUCGCCCCGCUCGCCGUCCUUGACCUUGUAGUCUGCCCACGAAACCUGGCGGCCGACCUAAGGCCGACCGAUACCAGAGACGCGGGGAACGCGCCAGCGGGUGUCGAGGCGGACGGAGACGCCGUGUUCGAGAGGAGGGUGACAACCAGCAGAGAAGAAGCAGGCGCUGGGGGCUACAACGACGAAGGGAGUGGCGAGCGCCCUCGGAGUGAGCGGCUGGCGGAAUCUGGAGGCCUACCGCCAAAGGAUAACGACAAUCGGCUUGGUGGCGGAGAACUGCCAUCAGACUUUGCCCCUUCCGACGAACCGGGGAGAGGGGCUCGCCUUCCACAGCUGCGGAGCAGCUCCAGCAUGGAGACGGUGGCCGAGAUCAACUUCCAACGUGCGGGCGGUGGCAAGGAAAUUGGUGCCGCGAGGGCAGCAGAGGAGGCUAGAGGGGCGAGGGGGGGCACGAGGCUGUCGUGGAGCCGCACGAGGUGCUGCGUCGCCGGGGAUUGUUUCGUUGCUGCUGCUACGUCCAUCGUCGUCCACCGUGUCAAGGACAAUACAGCGAAACUAUGA